ACGUACUGAGAGUCACUUUGGCCUACCAAAUCGUACACCAGCACUGUGCUUGCACAAUGGUCAAUCGUACGAGUUAAAUUUUAAAAGUCUGAUUGAUUACCUAGUCGUAUCCGUUGGUUUUUGAAUUUAGGAACUGUUAUCAGUCCCUCAACGAUGGAGUGGUUGCGUUUGGUGGCACUAGUGUUGUUCGCGGCAAUGGCAUGUGGCACAGAAUCGUGGCAAAAACCGGGGUGCCACAAAGUAGGACAUACGAGAAAGAUUAGCAUCCCAGAUUGCGUCGGGUUUUCCAUAACAACCAACGCGUGUCGAGGAUUUUGCGAAUCAUUUGCUGUCCCGUCGGCUCCGUUUGCUGUUGGGCAGCACAAACCAAGCCAACCGGUAACAUCCGUCGGCCAGUGCUGCAACAUUAUGGAAACCGAAGACGUGAAGGUGCGAGUUUUGUGUGUCAACGGUAUUCGAAAUCUAACGUUCAAAUCGGCGACCAACUGUUCGUGCUACCACUGCAAAAAGGAUUGAAGGUUGGAUUUAACGCUGGACAAGAGCAGCAGAAUGUGAUCAAGCUCAUGACUGUUAUCCUAAUGUGGAAUAAUUACUAUAUUAUUUACCUCUGAGCCACCCUUAUGCAUUAGUGUGAUGACAAUGUGCAAUGUGUAUAUUAUAAAAUAAUCUUUUCCCAAAGGGAUACUUAAGGUCACUGUAUAUUAAUGUACAUUAGCAGAUGGA